CCUGCAGCAGAGCCCCUUAGAGCCCCACGGCUCGCCCUCCUGGGCUCCCCUGUCCAUUCUUCCGCACCCGGGCGGCCAUCCUGCCGGAAAGGAGCUCCCGAGAUGGCGCGGGGAGUUGUCCCCAAGGCAGGAGGAAUUCAGGCCCAGAAGGGCUGGAGGACUUAUCAGCCGAAGCAGGCCUCCAGGAUCCAAAUGGGAACCCCAAAGCAGCCCUCGCUGGCUCCUGCACACGCCCUAGGCUUGAGGAAGUCCGAUCCCGGAAUCCGGAGCCUGGGGAGCGACGCGGGAGGAAGGCGGUGGAGACCAGCAGCCCAGAGUAUGUUCCAGAUCCCAGAGUUUGAGCCGAGUGAGCAGGAAGACGCUAGUACUACAGAUAGGGGCCUGGGCCCUAGCCUCACUGAGGACCAGCCAGGUCCCUACCUGGCCCCAGGUCUCCUGGGGAGCAUCGUUCAGCAGCAGCCGGGACAGGCAGCCAAUAACAGUCAUCAUGGAGAUGGAGCAGGCAGGUGACCCUAAGUGACAAGCCAGAGCCGUGUGAAGUUGGAAAGAGGAAGACGGAGAGGCGUUGGAAGACACUGGUUAUACUUUCCACUUCCCAUCGCUGACCCCGUAACAGCCACAGAAACCUGAGCUCAACCAGGUUUGUCACUGGCUCCAUAGAGCUUAAAUUAUCCCUACCCCAUUAUGUUUCCCUGAACUGCUUCAAGCUCCCACACAGCUGAGACUGGCCUCUACCUCCCAAGUACUAGGACCACAGGCCACCGUGCCUGGCAUUCCACCUUCUUUUUAAAAUUAUGUGUAUAUGUGUGCCAUUGUAAAAUGCACAUGUGCAAGUGUGGGGGCCUUGCAAGCCAGAAGAGGGCGCUGGAUCCCCUAAAGCUGGAGUUACAGGUGGUUGUGAGCUGCCCCACCUCUUUGCUGGGAACUGAACUCAUGUCCUCUGCAAGAGCAGCAAAUGCCCUGAACGACUGAGCCAUUUUUCCAGUCCCCACCCCUUUUAACCUUCAGGUUUCUUUAUUAUCAUCAUCAUCAUCAUCAUCAUCAUCAUCAUCAUCAUUUAUUUUUUUGUUUUUCAAGACAAGGUUUCUCUAUGUAUCCCUGGCUGUCCUGGAACUCUCUCUUUAGACCAGGCUAGCCUGGAACUCAGAGAUCUGCCUCUGCCUCCCAGUGUGGGGAUUAAAGACAUGCACUGCCACUGCUGAGCAAUCUCCAGAUUUCUUUUUCUUUCCUUUUUAAAAAAAAUAAAAUGUUUAUUUAAUGUGA